AUGUCGUGCGUUACUCAGACUGAGGUUUGCUUUCAUCUUCCCUUUUCCCUAGCUCUCUACUUAUCAGGAAUGGCUCUAGGUUCCCCACCUUCGAGCAGGAUUUGCAGGGGCCAUUGGGUUACUCGGUUGACCCUAUAUUAUGAGGUUGAAACUAGAGGGAUGGUUCUUGUUCUUAUCCUAUAUAUGGGUACUACCUCUUUAGGGAAGAUGCAGGGUCUUGCUGUUCCACCACCUCCUCAACGACAGGGUGCUAGUCACGAUGGUACUAGCACUUCAGGCAUACAUCUCAGUGAUACUGAUGAUGAUAAUGAGGAGUACACGGAGGAUGGGUAG